CCGGAAGUACUUGUGUUGCUCGGCAGCAAACAACUUAUUUGAGAGAAGAAUCUAAUUCUUGUCUAAUUUUGAUUAAAAUGAGGAAGAAAUAAAAACUCUUAAAAUCUAGAUUAAAUUUUUGUUGGGUCGUUGCGACUAUCACAACCUGACGAUCUCCAUCUAGAAAUCUAAGGGAUCAAGAUCUAAAACUGAUAUUUAUUUCCGUUCAAGGUUCAAGUGAGGGACCAUGUCUGACCUCGUAGCUACAUGGGAGAUAGCUCUGAGUGAUGGAGUACAUAUAGUUGAAUUUGAGCAUGGCACAACUACAGGAAAACGAAUUAUACGAAUAGAUGGGAAGGAGAUCUACAGACAAGAUUGGAUGUUUAAACUUGUUGGAAAGGAACAUUUUCAAGUUGGUAAAGCCAAAUGUGUUAUCACUAUUGAGGCUGUGAGUGGAUUUUCCUACGAGUACACACUUGAUGUCAAUGGGAAGCCGUUGAAGAAAUUCAUAGAAAACCAAAGUAAAGUAAUGAAGGCUUGGGUCCAUGUUAUAGGUGGAAAUGACAUGAGGAUAGUUUUAGAAAAAGAUACACUAGAUGUGUGGGUGAAUGGAUCAAGAGUAGAGACCACUGGGGAGUUUGUGGAUGAUGGCACAGAGACCCACUUUGAGAUUGGCUCACACUCUGCUUACAUUAAAGCAGUGACCACUGGCAAGAGGCGGACGGGAAUACUGCAUCAACUUUUUGUGGACGGUGUCGAAAUUCCAGAAGCCAAAGAGUAGCCUUAUGAUUCUCUGUUUCUUAGUCAUGUAAAUAUUUGUGAAUGACGAGAGUUAAAAAUACUGUUUAGCUGGAUCAAUGAUAGAAGAUGAAUGCAAAUACUUGCACCAGAUGAUAGUGUGUAAGGAACCUGUAGUGAAAGAUUGUGCAUAAUUGCAAUAAUACAUUCAUAAUAAUUUUAUGUCAGUGGUCCCAUGAUUAGCAUACUGAACUUAUGAUCAGGGAGUCUUCUGAAACCCUGUGAAGAACCCUCUCACACAAUAGAUUUUGGUUAUAUUUAAGACCUACUUCUAAUCAGUUAAAUGAAUGCCACUAACAAUGAAUUGGUUGUGAAUCACUGAUUUGCUUGCUCUCUUUGUGCCAUUGUUUUUUUUUUUAAGAUUAAAUAGUUAAAUUAACUAUUUAAUGUGCACAGUUAAAUGUACAUCUGGCUUUUUGUUAUCAACUUGACAUAUGACUUCAAAACUGAAGAAAUGUUAUCAUACACAUCAUCAUCAGACCAUGUGAUUCAAGGCUUAAGUGGCAGAAGUGCACUAUAAACCUGAUUUUUUAAAAACAGUUAUCAAAAAAUUAAUUUAUGCAGAAUAUUCUACAAUCAUUCUUAAUCUUUUGAAAAAUAUAAUGUUUUGAUCUUAGAUUUGGCAGAAAAAAAAACAAGUACUAAUUUUAUGUCACAUAUUUUAAUGUAUCCUGUAACGUGUAUUGGAACAAGGUGGUCCAGGAUUUAAGUGCUUGGCUGUAGAUUCAAAGGACCUGGUCUUGAGUUCAGGCUCUGAUUCUGACAGUUAAACUACUUUGCUGCUGAGUCAAAGGUCACCAGUCUACACUGUGAUGGAUAUUUAUAAUUUUAGGUCUAAGCAGAUGUCAUUGUAUUCAAAGAGUUGGCCUAGAGACAGAUGAACUGAACAUCAUCUUUCCCUAAGGACAUACAAGGAGACUGAACUUUUUUUUAAGGUUACCAGGGUAGUUUUAUAAUAUGUUAAUAUGUAUCAUUGUAUAUAUACAAACAUCCACAUACAAUUUGUUUGACCAAGAUGAACUCAAAUCUGUUUUAAGUAUUUGUUGUUAAUUAUGGCAUCAAAAAAUAAAAUUAGAAGCUGAUUUAAA